AUGGGCAUCAUCGGAGGGUACCCAACACGGCGCUCCAGCCGCUUCACCAACGCGGCUGUAGUGAGCGUCUUUUUCAUGUUCCUGUGGGUGUUCCGUGAGCAGCUGGGCCUCGACCGCGUUGGCAAGGAUUCGAGCAUUGUGCCAUGGAUUCCGCGGCUAGCCCACCAGGACAUCUUUGACUUCGAGCCGGUCAAUUCGGACGUCAUCCGGGGGGUUUGCGACAGGACAGAGUGGGAUGCAGGGAAAGCGAUGCAAGUUGUGUUUACAUGCGACAACAACGUCGGCGGGAUUGGGAACAUCCGCAACUCGAUCUUGAACUGCGUGCGAUACACGAUGCUGGCUGGGGGCUCUUUAGUCAUGCCGCGUAUCUUCAAGCGCAACGACUCGGACAUCUCUCACAUCCGGACGGGGCGGCGGCAGGAGAUGGAGUACCUCUUCGACAGGCAACACUUCAUCGACUCACUGCACCUCUCGUGCCCGCAGCUGCGGCUCUACAACGACACCGACGAGGUCUACGAAUCCCUUGGACCAGCACGAACAUGGUCUCUCGGCCUCUUCCCAGAAUCCCUCGUCGAUGAGGAGCACAUCGCCAGCACGGGCAUCGAGCGCCCGCAAAAGUGGCGGUCGCAGCUAUACCAAUGGCUCGAAGACAUCAACAACACCACUGACGCCGCGCCGACCGGGCGUCUCACAGAGGGCCCCAUGAUGGUAGACCUCGGCCGGUCGUACCUCACGUACCCUAUCCACAGCGACGGCGAGGUCUUCGCGAUGACCUUUGGCACCAUCCUCGAGUUCCGCGCGGAUGUCCGGCAGCUCGCGAGCGCCACGAUCCUCAGCAUCAACAAGCAUUUCUUCGGCGCACACCUGCGCACCGAGAAGGACGCUCUCGAUAACUGGAACCCGGCGGACCCGACGUGGGAGUGGUCCGAGUACAGCAAGCAGACCAACGCGUUCUUUGACCAGGCGAGUCGGGCGGGUUUGUCGGUCAUGUACGUCGCGUCCGGGAACGAGACACAGGUGGCAAUGCUUGAGGCGGACGCGAUGCCGCGCGGGGUACGGGUUGUGACGAAGCAGGACCUGCUGACGGGGAAGAACCGCAAAAGACUAGAUGCGUUGACGUGGGAUCAGAAGGGCAUGAUUGACUUCCUGGUCAUGUUGGGAGCGGCGCAGUUUGGAGGCGUGGGACACUCGAGUUUUGCUUGGAACGUCGCACUGAAGAGGCAUCUCUUUUCCAAAGAGAUUCCCAAGGAGAAAGACUCGUUCUUGAAGGGGCCGCAGAUGCUCAGUGAUGAUUUGAGUCAGAUUUACGGCACGAAUGCCAAGAUGGAGACUAUUCCGGACCCCAAAGAUCUCCCGCCAGACCCACGCCUUCCGGGCCAACAGCCUCGAUAUUCCCGCGACAACAUUAUCGCCUCUCUUGCGACUUUCUACCAGAGUCUGCCGCACAUCGACCCCUCUCUAGUUAGUCGCGCGCCGUCCGGGGGUUGGCCAGAGAUCACCCCCGAGUCGCUCGCGGCUUCUGGAAUGAAACAUCUGAACGAGCGAGUGGUAGACUUGAUCAAGCAUCUGCCCUACAUUGAUGGCAACCCUCUUUGGAUCACUCCGGAAACGUUCCCCAUCAACUACCUUACCGCCGUGUCUUUGAUACCAACCGUUGGAGUGUUCAAGCCCAAAUGGCUUCAUGCUUUGUCCCACGACCUUCAGUCAUUUGAAGGCUUUCCAGCUUGGGUGAUUCCCCUCACCAUGAGUGUCAACAGGGACGGCGACAUAUGGUUACUAGACACGAUGGAUGGCACGGUGACUAAGUACAUCAUUACGGGCGCUGUUUACCCCGAACCAGCGGGGAGAUACGAAAAGGGCGACCCUAGGAUGUGGAGGGAGACAAUGUGCGAUGAUAUCACUCUCACACUGGAGGCGUGGCUAGAAGGAAUCAUCAACAAGUACAUGACGUUUCAGUACUUUGGCCUUCCCCGUCAUGACGACCCCGGUGUCCUGUCACAAGGCCACUGGACUGAGGAAACAAAGGCACUCCAGGAGAUUAUGGUCCAAAACAGAUGGCCGGAAGACUACAAGGGCGAGGAGUGCCGCAAGAAACUAGCGGAAUGGUUGAAGAAGGCAGGCAUUUAG